UUAAACGAUAGUUGUGCAUUGCUUGGUCUUCGCGACUGGCAGAAAUUUUCGUGUUGGAGACCACGAAAAAAUUUAUAAUUGUUGACUGAAAAUGAGUACGCCCACAAAAAAUGGCACCGGCUUAGAGGAUGUCAACAUACCUGGUCAAGCGUUCCUGCGUGAGGCACUAACCUCCUGCACAGAUCCGCUUAAAGCCAUCGAAAGUUUUCAGUUGGAGAAUGGCGUACUGCUGCCGUCGCUGCGUCCCAUGCUGCCGCUGUUGGAUUUGCAUGGCGUCCGCCGUCUGGAUUUUCACACAUCCCUCAUGGAGGAGCUGCGCGACAAGCUAAUCGCGCACAUCAACGAGCUCGGCCAGAAGGAGCCGCGCGAACGCGAAAAGAAGCUAAAGGAGCUGCUGGUCAAGAGCUUUCCGGUUGUGCGCGUCAAAUCAUUGCGUCCCGUUGUCAUGGCCAUAUUGCGGAACACCCAGCACAUUGAUGAUAAAUAUCUGCGGAUUUUGGUACGCGAUCGCGAACUCUAUGCGGACACGGACACGGAGGUGAAGCGCCAGAUCUGGCGCGACAAUCAAUCGCUAUUUGGCGACGAGGUCUCGCCGCUGCUAUCGCAAUAUAUACGGGAGAAGGAGCACAUCCUGUUCGAUCACACGAAUCUCAACAAUUUGUUCUUUCAGCCCACGCCCAAGGUGCGGCGGCAGGGCGAGGUCGUUCAGAAGCUGGCCAAUAUGAUUGGCUCCAGCGUCAAGCUCUACGACAUGGUCUUGCAGUUUCUGCGCACACUCUUUCUGCGCACACGCAACGUCCACUAUUGCACGCUGCGCGCCGAGCUGCUGAUGGCCCUCCACGAUCUGGAGGUGCAGGAGAUCAUAUCGAUAGAUCCGUGCCACAAGUUCACCUGGUGUCUGGAUGCCUGCAUUCGGGAGAAGAACGUCGAUAUAAAGCGUUCGCGCGAACUGCAAGGCUUUCUGGAUAAUAUCAAGCGCGGCCAGGAGCAGGUGCUAGGCGAUUUGUCCAUGACGCUGUGCGAUCCCUAUGCCAUCAAUUUUUUGGCCAGCUCGGCCAUCAAGAUACUGCAGCAUCUGAUCAACAAUGAGGGCAUGGCCCGGGAUAAUCAGAUAUUGAUAUUGUUGUUGCGCAUGCUGGCGCUGGGCCUGAGCGCCUGGGUGAUGAUCGAUUCGCAGGACUUCAAGGAGCCCAAACUGGAUGGCCAGGUGGUCACCAAGUUUCUACCAGCCCUCAUGUCGCUCAUGGUGGACGAUCAAUGCCGCAGUCUGCACGCCAAGCUGCCGCCCGACGAGCGCGAAUCGGCGCUGACCACCAUCGAGCAUUCGGGCCCGGCCCCGGAUGCCGUCGAGGCCUACAUUCAGGAGAGCGCGGUGGCCAGCAUUCUGGCCAUGUACUAUACACUGCAUACGGCACGCGCCAAGGAUCGCGUUGGCGUGCUGCGCGUUCUGGCCAUACUCUCCGUUUGCAAGGACGAUCGCGCCUACGAGGAUCCCUUCCUGCACUCGCUGAUCGCCCUGCUGAUACCCAUGAGCGAUGAGUUUGCCACCGAAGACUUUUGCACCACGCUCUUCGAUGAGUUCAUUUUCGCCGGCCUGCAGCGCGAGAAUGUCACCUCGCGGCACAUGCUGAAGCUGCUCUGGUAUGUGCACAACAAGCUGCCCGCCGGCCGACUCGGCACGCUGAUGAAGGCCAUGCAGCCCACAACGGCACACAAUGAGCACAUUCACAAGCUAUACGAGACGCUGCAGGAGCGCAUUGGCGCCGGCCCGCCGCCGCCGUUGCCAACACCCCAGCCGACACCAGAGACGCCCGUUGUUGAGGCUGCGGCCGCGGCGACGGCGACGGCAAUAGCUGCGGCUACGGUGACAGCGGCGCCGCCACCGCUGCCGGCACAGCCACUGCCGCUGCCACAGCCGGCGACGGCGGAGUUUGAUGCAACGGCAAAGGGCGUGCCCGCGCCAGGUCCACACUAUAGCCCCCAAUAGCCCGAGGCAGCGGCAGCGGCUGCCAACGCAACAGCUGCUGCCACAGUUCCCACAGCUGCAACAGCUGCGCCUCUUGGAUAAACAGCAGGCUCGCAUUAGUAUCUAUAUGUAACCUUAUUUAUAUUAAGCCUUGUAAAUAGCUAAACCUGUUUUUUUUUUUCAUAUGAUAUUCAUAACCAUAUUGGAUGUCUAUAUCUAUAGGUAUAUAAGUUAAUCUAUGUCUAUCUGAAGCCCACCAAUGUCGAUAUAUUAAUCAAACAUGUGUGUGUAGAGCCGGCCAUAUAUAUAUAUAGACAUAAAUAACCAGUCAUAGAGUCGAUCAAUGUCUAAAGAUAAUCCACAAUUUGUCGAACUAUGUGUCCAAUUGGGCAUAUAUAUCCAGCAAUAGAAACUUAAUCAACAAUUUGUCCAAGUCGAUUCUACUUAGGUCUAUGUAGAGCAUACCAAUUGGGCAGCAAUAGAGCUUAUCAAUGUCUAUAGAUAAUCAACAUUUUGUCUAAGUAGAUUCUAUCUAUGUCCAAUUAAGCAUAUACAUCCAGCAAUAGAAACUUGAUGUCUAUGGAUAAUCAACAUGUUGUCUAAAUAUAAAUUACCUUUGUCUAUGUAGAACAGUCCAAUUAAGCAUAUGCAUCCAGCAAUUCAAUUCAGUCAAUCAAUGUCUAUGGAUAACCAAUAAUUUGUCUAUGUAUAAACUAUCUUAAAUAGGCAUAUGCAUACAUCCAGCAAUAGAGCUUAUCAAUGUCUAUAGAUAAUCAACAAUUUGUGUCCAAAUAGAAUCCAACAAAAAGUUGCAUCUAUUCAGAUAUAAAUGUCCAGAUAUAGAGUCUAGCUAUAAACAAUUAUGUGUCUAUAUAGAAGCUACCCAUGUCUAGAUAUAUAAUCAACUAUUUGAGUAGAUAUAAAUGUCUAGAUAUAACCAAGUAUGUGUCUAUAUAGAGUCGACCAAAGUCGAUAUAUAUAUGUGUCUAUAUAGCCCCUACCUAUAUCUAGAUAUAUAAUCGACUAUACUAUAUAGAUGUAGAUAUAAAUGUCUAGGUAUAACCCAAGUAUGUGUCUAUAUAGAGUCGACCAAAGUCGAUAUAUAUAUAGCCAACUAUGUGUCUAUAUAGCACCUACCUAUAUCUAG